AUGUCGGAAAGGAGGCUGACAUACGUUGUUUACAUGCUGGUAGGAGAGGCUAAGCAUUGGUGGAGGGGUACUCACCAUAUGCUUACUGCCAGAGGAAUAGCUAUUGACUGGGAGUGCUUCAGGAGAGUGUUCUUGGAGAAGUACUUCCCGGAGAGCGUGAGGCAUGCAAAGGAAGCUGAAUUCAUGUGGUUGCACCAAGGAGGGAUGACAGUUUCUGAGCAACCUUCUAGUGCUGCUAGUGGAGGGAGACAGGGUGGAGGUGCCACUCUUAGAUGCUAUAGGUGUGUUGGGCCCCAUUUGAUCAAGGAUUGUCCACACACGGAGAGUCGGUGUUUCAAGUGUCAACAGAUGGGCCAUGAGUCGUUCAACUGCCUUACCAGAAAUAGACCGGAGAGGGGUGCUCAGAGGAGUGAUGUACAGAGAGGUGAUGCCCAGAGGGGUGACAGACCCACUACAGCUGGUAGGGUGUUCGCCUUGACGGGUGCUGAGACUUCGACUUCUUCUAAUCUUGUGAAGGGGAAGGGCAAAGCUGCUGGUAAGGAUGUGAUGUUUUUGUUUGACUCUGGGGCUUCCCAUUCGUUUAUUUCCUAUGCAUGUGCUGUUAUGCUGGGUGUGCCUGUGUGUGAUUUGGGGUUGAGAAUACUAGUGUCGACGCUCGCUUCUACUUCGGUAAUUGCUUCUGAGCUGUGUGCUGGCUGCCCUAUUGUUGUGAAUGGGAAGAA